AUGUACAGACUCGCCCGUUCACUACGCUCUUCGCGCUCGUUUUCACGCGCAUUAUCAACUAGAGCCUCAAAUGUACUCUCCGCGUUAGGUCUAGAGUCUCAAGGUGGAGUGCUUCCUGGUGUUUACACUGGCAGGGGCUGGGGAGGCACUGGCAAUGUAGUUGCUAGCAAGUGUCCUACCACUGGAGAACAUCUCGCAGAUGUGACUACUGCAACCCCAGCAGAAUUUCACAGCGUGAUAGAGAGGUCAAGAGAGGCGUUUCAUUCCUUUAGAAUGCUGCCAGCUCCGAGGAGAGGAGAAAUCCUUAGGCAGAUACGGGAAGCCUUGGCGGCAAAGCGAGACAGCCUUGGUGCUCUUGUCUCCCUUGAGAUGGGGAAGAUUCUCUCCGAGGGUAUCGGUGAGGUUCAGGAGUUUAUUGACAUCUGCGACUAUGCCGUCGGUCUCUCUCGCAUGAUGAAUGGACAAGUGAUUGCGUCUGAAAGACCUGGACACACUAUCCUAGAAGUACCGAACCCGUUAGGAUUAGUCGCAGUCAUUUCUGCGUUCAACUUUCCGGUCGCAGUCUAUGGAUGGAAUCUCGCCCUGUCAUUUGUAGCGGGUAACGCUACUCUAUGGAAGCCAGCACCGAGUACACCUCUCUGUUCCAUCGCAGUAACGCGCAUCGUCGCAGAAGUUCUCGAGAAAAACGGUGUCGACGGAGGGGUAGCCGCUCUCAUCACUGGAGGUCAUGAGGUUGGGGAAGCACUCUGCGAAAGCGAACAUGUCACCAUGGUCUCCUUCACCGGAAGUGAGCAUAUCGGUGCAAAGGUGGGCCGGAAGGUUCAGGGAAGGUUUGGCAAAGUGCUACUCGAGUUGGGAGGAAACAAUGCUUCUAUAGUUAUGCCUGAUGCCGACCUGUCGCUCGCCGUACCUUCGGUCUUCUUUGGUGCGGUAGGUACCGCUGGCCAAAGAUGUACGUCAACAAGGAGACUUUACCUACACCGCGAAAUUGCGCCAAGGUUCCUGGAUGCCUUGAAGAAGGCAUAUGCGCAGAUCCCUACCGGCGAUCCUCUCGUUUCUUCGACAUUACUCGGUCCGCUCCACAACCAGAAUGCAGUCAAGGCAUAUCACAAGGCAGCCAUGCAUCUUCAUGAGGUGGGAGCAGAAAUCCUGGUCGGCGGAAAGGUGAAACACCCUUCUGGCUUUGACCAAGGAAACUUCGUCGAGGCUACUAUCGCCAUUCCUCCUUCUCAAGACCUCGACCUAUGGAAGAGGGAGCUCUUUGCGCCUAUCCUCAAUGUCGCCAUCUUCGAUGAACUUGACCAAGCAAUUGAGUGGAACAAUAGCGUACCGCAGGGAUUGUCAAGCAGUAUCUGGACGAAGGAUAUCCGGAAUAUAGGCAAGUUCAUCGGACCAAGCGGCAGUGAUUGCGGUAUUGUCAAUGUGAACGUUGGCAACAGCGGGGCUGAAAUCGGUGCUGCAUUUGGUGGCAAUAAGAGGACAGGAUGGGGACGAGAGUCAGGCGGUGACUCAUGGAAGCACACCUGUAGCAUAUCGAGAUUCCGAUUUGAGACACUCUUUGCACCUAGCGCAGUUGGGUUUGCUAUGAUCCGGUUGCGUGUGGGUCACCCCUCGUGGCUUCAACCAAGCUUCAUGCCCCCUCGGAAAGGCAAGAGUGUGGCACAAAAACUUGUCAAAGACGUCGUUCCAUCUUCUCAAGGGACCAGAUCGCGUAAUACAGGAAAGUUCCUGAUCCCGUUACCUCCACCACCACGAUCAAAUCACCCUACGUCUUCGUCACGACAGGAUAAUAGAGUUGAGGAUUCUCUUUGGGCAGACACCUAUCAUCCGUCAACAGAGCAAGAGCUCGCCGUUCAUAAGAAAAAGGUAGACAUCGUGAGGAUAUGGUUCCGUGAUGCAUUUGAGGGCAUCAAUCUCAAGCGAUACCGAGCAAUACUAUCGGGUCCUGCCGGCUGCGGUAAAACGGCCACACUAAACGUGUUGUCAAAAGAAAUGAAGUUUACUGUUGUCGAGUGGCAGAACAAGGUCGACGACGCACAUAUCGAUGAUUACGAAUCAUUUCCUGUCAAGUUUGGGUCAUUCAUGAGUCGGGCUGCCAACUUUUCGCCAUUAAUGUCGGAGCCGCAGAUUCCAGGCUCUCAGAAUCACAUCAUUCUCUUAGAAGAUCUUCCAAAUCUGUCCUAUGCACCAACACUGCAAGCGUUCCAUGCGGCUUUAAUCAAUCAUAUCGAAACCUCCGACAUUCCGGUGGUCAUAAUUGUCAGUAAUGCCGGUAUACGAGGCCAAACUAAAGACGAGGAGGGAUGGUCCAGUAGACAAUCGACGGUACCGACUGCAUUCAACAUCCUCCCACCUGCAUUACGAGGUGGGCCAUUCGUAACCCAAGUCGAGUUCAAUCCGAUAGCAGCGACAUUGAUGAAGACAGGGCUCAAAUGGGUCCUCGAUUCACACUUCGCCAACAACCCCAAACUCAAACCGUCAAAGGAUGUCGUCGAUGCAGUAGUAGAUACAUCGAGGGGUGACAUUCGGAGCGUCGGAGAUCCUAUUUCCACCACUCUCAGUAAGAAGGAUCAGGCCCUAGAGCAAGAAUACGAAAAGCUAUUACCCUCGCCCAUCCCGCUACCAGCUCAUCUCUCUCAGUUUGACAGAAGAGCUUCCAAGGUUGAUGUGGAUGUUCUUUACACCGAUUCUGCAAUUGAUACAUCGCUGCUCUCCCUCUAUAUACACCAAAACUACUCACAAUUCUGUGAAGAUGUAGAUCAAUGUGAUGGAAUCAUGGAUGCACUUAGCAUGAUUGAUUCAUUAGGGGAAGCGGCAAGUCCCCUUGCCGCUCGCAAGAUGCGCAGCUAA